AAACUAAAUUCUGAUUCGAGCUCACUUUGUUUUUCCUUCUACUACGUAUAUGAUAGAUCCUUUGGCCACUCCACUGCUCCAGGCACCAAAGAGUCCAAGUCCAGUACUGUGUGGUGACUUGCCAUUGCCAUAGUGUCAGGGAGUAAACGUGUGUAGAACUAACGAAAACGGACGAGAACUCAUUGUUAAGCAAUAAUGACUGACAAGAAAGCGUUUCCAGUGACUUCUCACCCUGGGACUAGUUUCAUUCCAGUAUCGGCACAAUCUGGCGGUUUUGGAGUACCAGGAGCGGCUCCAUACGGAGUUUUUCCUAAUCAGCCUCAGCUAUAUGCUUCUCAAGGACCACCUCCCCCUGCAUAUGAUCAAUCACUUACGCAUCCGAUGAUGUACCAACCUAUGUAUAGCCAAGGCUAUCCUGGCACAUAUUUGGCAGGUUACCCAACUGCUUAUGGACCGCUUCAGUAUUAUCCACCAUUAACUGCUGCUACAGCUUACUAUCCUACUACUAUGCAGCCUGCUUCUGCAGUUAGACCAACAAUUAUGGUAUCUUAUUUAGUACGAAGAUAA